AUGUCCAAGCUUACGAUAUCCAAUGACAAUCCCUUCCAAAUUUUGAUUACUGAGACAAAUAAUGAUGUGGCUAAAUUACAGUCCCGCUACGAGAACCAUCGGGUCAAUCGAAAUGCGCAGCAAGCUGAGAAGAUCCUGGCACCGGGCUUCAAAGGCUGGAAUCUUGACGAGAUCUUAAUGCGCCUUGACGGCCCUGCAAAGGAAGAAGGGUUUGUUGAUCCUCGCAACUGUCUGGUCAUUUGGGCCCGGCCGCCUUCUCCAGUGCGUGACCUUAUAAAGUUCGUGCAGAGCGAACUCAGAAGCAUUGCUCCAAGUACAAUUUUACACUUUACACACCUUCAUCCAACCAGGGGACAACGUGCUGACCCUGUUCCGACAGCCCUCUGGCUCAUGCCCUCCGAGAAUCUGCAUACAACAGUAUUGGAAGUGGCUCAUUCUUUGACUGAAGAGCAGAUUGAGAGUCUCGUAAAUACUCUGCAGUUAUCACAGGACGUGUCCACAUCAGAAAUUGCGGACUAUGCCUUUGCUCAUCGAACGCGCCUUGUAAAGCCUAUGGUGGGCUUUGAUUCUGCGGCCAUGGCAUUGACCUUUGUACCAGCCGCUGGAGAAGCUUCAGAUGCGCAACGAAGUAUCGAAGACGAGACUUACAGUUAUCAUCAUCUGCGUCGCGAUGUAUUUGACAUGGUUCGGGCGGCCGGUAUACCGGUUGCGUCCCGGUACAUUGUUCCUUCAGCCCAUCUCACCAUUGCUCGGUUCGUCACUCAGGACGGCUUCGCCAAACAAGGAGAUGCAGUGGUAGAGGGACAAGUUGACCCUUCCAAAGUCAAAGAACUGAUUGACAAGAUCGACGAAAUUAACCAAAAGUUGCAGGACGAAUAUUGGCCAUGCAAGAAUGGAACGAUCAAGGCUGGGGAAGAGUGGCUGGUUGGCCAAGAAAAAGGCCUUGUCAUUCGCAGAGGUCGCCUUUGGUAUGGUGGUGGUGAGGAUGUACAGCUGGGGAAGGGAUAUUGA